GAGCAGGAGGAGCAGGAGGAGGAGGAGGAUUACCCAAACUGCUUUCACGUUGGAGGUGCUGCCACCGCGCACAGCUGCUCUGCGGCUCCACCGACGACCUUCCUCCUCCUCGGCGAAAUCGGAAAAACGGACAUAUUCUCUGACUUUUACCCGGAGAUCCGUGCGGAGAAGAUGCACUGAGGAGAACAGAGCAGCAGAUACAGCGAGGCUGCAGUAAUCGGAGGAGGGGGAGGUUACGGCGCGGCGGCGUUAUCAUCAUCAGCGUCGUUACCGGCCCGUGUGAUCGCACAACCGACUCUGAAGGGUGACUGUCGCCCCUGCGUGGGGGGGGGAAUCGCCGGAGAAAUAGAGCUGAUCGCGAAUUAUGGCCACUCUACUGCGGAAAAUCGGUCUGAUCCGUCUGCCCGAUCGAGACACCGAGGAUCCGAAGCACCACCAGGGAUCGCUAAAAGGCACCAAAGGGAACCAGAAACACAACACCAACAAACACUGUCAGACCGCCAACGAAAGCAACAUCCUGAGCACCCCGGAGAUUAAAGCGAGGAAGCUGGACCAGCACGGCAAGGACAAGCCGUCCAGCAAGGAUAAGCAGGGAAAGGAUGCGAAGGAGAAGCAGCAGAACGGAGGAGGCGGGAGUAAAGCGACCAGUGCCUCCUCCAUACCUCCGCUGGCGCCUCACCGGCAGCACUGCACCCAAGUCCGGACGCGCAGGCUGAUGAAGGAGCUGCAGGAGAUCAGGAGGUUAGGGGACAACUUCAUCACGGUGGAUCUGGUGGAGGACAACCUGUUUGACUGGAACGUCAAGUUGCACCAAGUGGACAAGGACUCGGCGCUGUGGCAGGACAUGAAGGAGACGAGCACCGAGUUCAUAUUGCUCAACGUCACCUUUCCUGACAGUUUCCCUUUCUCGCCGCCGUUCAUGCGGGUCCUGGCGCCGCGGUUGGAGAACGGCUACGUGCUGGACGGCGGAGCAAUCUGCAUGGAGCUGCUGACGCCCCGCGGAUGGUCCAGCGCCUACACGGUGGAGGCGGUGAUGAGGCAAUUUGCUGCGAGCCUCGUAAAAGGACAGGGGCGUAUAUGCAGGAAAGCAGGGAAGUCCAAGAAGGCUUUCAGUCGCAAGGAAGCCGAGGCCACCUUCAAGUCCCUGGUGAAAACUCACGAGAAGUAUGGCUGGGUGUCCCCGCCCGUCUCCGAUGGUUGAUGGCUUGACUGAAGCCCCCCCCCCCCCCGGUGCUAGCUGGACACCCCCAGCUAGCCCUGACCCACAAAAUGACACACCAUGCUCACUCA